AUGCCAGAAGAUAAUAAGUCUGAGACACACCUGGAUUCCAAGAUUUUUCACAAACGCGCGAGAAAUUUUCUUUCCGUCUGGAAGGCUUCGUCAGGUAAAAGCACAGCCGACGAUCCUUUCCAGGGAGUGCACGCAGUUCUCGUUAUUGUUGGCGAUAUUUCAGAGGAAAACCCCUAUCAGAAAUCCACUGCACUUCAGCAAUGGCUCUUAGGUUACGAGUUUGCGGACACUUUGAUUCUUAUACUACAAGACAAAAUACACUUUGUAGUCAAAGAGAAGAGAGCCGAUGUAUUAGAAAAAUUAAAACAAGGAGAUCGGCAAGUGCCGAUAGAGAUCCACAAAAGAAGUAAAGAUGCAUCUCAUAAUCAAAAAAUUUUCGAAACAAUAAUUUCAAAAAUCACAGAAGGAGGAGAGAAACGAGUUGGAUUGUUGUUAAAAGAAAAGAUUUCUGGAAAAUUUGUUGAUGAAUGGCAAGCUGUUUACAGCAAACACAAAGACGAUCUUGAAGAAGUUGACAUAUCAUCAGGGAUUGCCGCAGCAUUGGCAGUAAAAGAUGAAGACGAAACGGUAAAGAUUUGGGCAAUCAAAGCAAUUGUGCGCAACAGAAAAGUUAUAAUUGAAGAUCAAGAGAGAACAUACGAAUUUCUUUUGGAUGUACAACGACGAAUACUAGAAUGUAUUAAGGAUGGAGUAAAGAUCAGCGAUGUUUAUUCAAGGGCGACGAGAUAUAUCAAUUCUAAACGCCCUGAUCUUGUGAAUAAAUUUGUCAAGAAUCUUGGGCAUGGGAUGGGAAUCGAAUUCCGAGAGUCUAGUUACAUUUUGAACCAGAAAAAUAACAAGGAAUUAAAGACCGGCAUGAUACUAAAUUUGUUUAUCGGAUUUACCGAUUUGGAAAAUUCCAAAGCAACCGAUGAAAAAAGCAAAAAUUACGCGCUUUGGUUGAUCGACACUGUUAGAGUUGGAAGUGAUUCUUUCCAAGUGUUCACGGAAAGCACCAAGAGUCUUGACAGCAUAUGUUUUUCAUUCAAGGAUGAAGAGUCAAUAGAACAAAGGCGGAAAAGGCAUCAAGAAGAGCUUGCUGCUCAGAAGCAAGCCGAAGGUCUGGCAAGAUUUGGUGAAGGAGUAGAUCAUCAGACUAAUCAACGAGAGGAAGUAUUUCGAAAAUUUGAAAGUUACAAAAGAGAUAUCGCGUUACCAAAAGAAGUCAAGGAUUUGAAGAUUAUUGUAGAUCAAAGAAAUGAGUCGAUCAUCUUACCAGUGUUCGGUUUCGCGGUCCCUUUUCACAUCUCAACGUUAAAAAAUGUAAACAAGUCAGAAGAAGGAGAUUAUUUAUAUUUGCGUCUUAACUUUCUGACGCCUGGUCAGGCUUCUGGGAAAAAAGAGGAUAUGCCAUUUGAUGAUCCGAAUGCAAACUUCAUUAGAGCAUUCACAUACCGCAGCACCGAUCCGUUGUUGGCCGAGAUUUAUAAAAAAAUUUUGGAUCUCAAGAAGAGUGCAGCAAAAAAGGAAGCGGAACGGAAGGAAAUGGCCAACUUAAUUGAGCAAGACAAGCUGAUUGAAAUAAAAGGCCGUAGACCGACUCAUCGCUUGUCGGACGUAUUUGUGAGACCUGGUCUAGAGGGAAAACGAAUACCUGGUGAAUUAGAAAUUCAUGAAAAUGGAUUGCGUUACCAUUCACAUCGUACAAGUCAGAAAUUAGAUAUUUUGUUCAGUAAUAUUCAGCAUUUGUUCUUUCAACCAUGUGAUAAUGAAUUGAUUGUGCUACUGCACAUGCAUCUGAAGAACCCUGUUAUCCAUGGAAAGAAAAAAACAAAGGAUAUACAAUUCUAUCGUGAAGCUUCUGAUGUACAAUUUGAUGAGACCGGUAAUAGAAAGAGGAAGUUUCGUUAUGGUGACGAGGACGAACUUGGAGCAGAACAGGAAGAACGUCGUAGGAGAACUUUACUGAACAAGGAAUUCAAGGCAUUCUCCGAAAAAAUCGCGGAAGCAAGCGAAGGGAGCAUCGAUGUCGAUAUUCCUUUCAGAGAUAUUGGUUUUCAAGGCGUGCCUUUUAGAACCAAUGUAUUACUACAGCCCACAACAGAAUGUCUCGUGCAUUUAACCGAUCCCCCGUUUUUAGUAAUACCUAUUACUGAUAUAGAAAUUGCUCAUCUGGAGCGAGUUCAGUUUGGAUUGAAAAAUUUCGAUCUUGUAUUUAUUUUUAAAGACUAUUCUCGCCCACCAGUUCACAUUAAUACCAUUCCAAUGAAUCAACUGGAGAAUGUUAAAGAUUGGCUAGAUUCGGUAGAUGUUACCUUCUAUGAGGGUACUCAAAAUCUAAAUUGGACUCAAAUCAUGAAGACCAUAAAUCAGGAUCCGGCUGACUUUUACGCACAAGGCGGAUGGUCAUUUUUGAAGCUACAUAGUGAGAAUGAAGACUCGGACGCCUCUUCUGAUUCUGCAAGUGAAUAUCAACAAAGUGAGGAUGAUUAUGAAGAAAGUUCGAGCGAAGAAAGCAGUUAUGACGAGGAAGCAUCCGACGAAACUGCUCCAGGUUCGGAGACGGAGAGUGAUGAAUCUGCACCGGACUGGGAUGAACUAGAGGAAAAAGCACGCCGAGGUAUGCAUAAAUUUUGUGAAUCAAAAUUAAAUUGGAAAAAUGAUCUCAUUGCAAUACUCUCUUUUAAGCCGACGAACGAAAACACGGAGCUAAGCGUGCAAAUGCAUCUGAUGAUGAACACAGCAAAAGCAAGAAAUUCCGCCGUUAAGGCUAAUGAGGGGAGUAGAGACAUGGAAUUUGAACCAGCCUUAGGAAUUGAUUUAAACUUUUUUGAGUCAUUCUAA